CCACAGACAGAGGUUGAAGAAGAAUCGGAAGAACUUCUAGCGAAAGAUAUUUACGUUUUGAUGCAGAAAGGAUGCCGUGUCUCGAGGAAUAUACGAGCGUCCUGGUAUUUUAAAAAUAUUCAGUCUAAAGUUCGAUUUCAGUUACCUCUAGAAUUGCCUAUUGGUGGAUAUGAAUUGAGUCUAGUAUCAGUAAUACCUUCAGAUAAUACUCCACUCUCUCCAGAUAAAACAUAUAACGUCUGUGUUGAACCUCAUACCUUCGUGACAUUUCUAGCUUCUAUCUACCGUCUUGCCUUUAUACUCGAUAUCAGCCCUUCAGUUAUUAGUGUAGAUUUAGAUAAAAACCAAGUUUUAUAUGAUGAUCUAUUGUCAACAUUAAAUAACUGUAUUAGAGGAUUGGUGAAACCAUUUCAGAUACCAGGAAGUUCAUUUAUAUUUAAACCUGAAUUAUACGUCACAGUGAUGGUCCAAACUCCAAUUAUACAGUCGAAACGUAAUCAGGUGUUAGUACAAGGUGUUCAGAUAACAGAAGAAAAUGUUGAAGAAGUUUUGUUAUCUGUGAAAGAAAAAUUAAAAAUAUUUGAACAGUCAUUAUAUCUAGCUUCUAGAACAGUUUUAACUCUUUCAGUAAGUUUUAAUGAUAUAAAAGAAGAUGAUGAUAUAGUAUUAUUAAAGAAGAAUGAAUUAAUUAUGACACCAGAAGCUGGUCUAGUCAAUAUGUUACGUUAUGGUAUUUUAUCUUUACAACUAUUACCUGAAAACUCUUGUGCUGGUAUAAUAGUAAUAACUGAUGGAUUAGUCGGAUUACCAGACGCUAAUUUAUUUGAGUCAUUACUGACACAGAUUAGAAACAGUACCAUCUCCUGUUCCUUCCUCAAGAUCGGUAGUAAUCAACCAGAUUUCGGUCAAUAUGGUUUUGGACACGUACCACAUGUAGAACUCAUGCAGUUUCUUGCCACGGCUACAUUCGGUGCCUAUAUUGCUUCCUGUCCUAAAGAUGACUCGAGUAGUUUCCAGCCCAAUAUUUACCAUAAAGCUCUGUAUUUCUGGAACUUCCAGAAAGGAUUGGAAGGAUUUAAAUAUGAAUUAACUCACCAUAGUGAUGAAGAUAAGACAGGAUUAGACAAUGUUCGUAAGAAACAUCUAGAGAAUAUAGUAUUAGCUAGUAUAGACAGUGUUAUAUCAUUACGACUAAGAGAGGGCUAUACUAUUAAAGAAGUUAAAAUUAUAAAUGGUGGAAAUACAAUAGAAGUUAAAAUGGUGUUUCCAUGGAGACAGUAUGUCCGAAUAGAAUACGUAGCAAGAUCAGUUUGGCCUCUAGAUAGUAGUGUACAUAAAACGAAUGUUGAAGUUAUAAUCGAAGGAAGUUACGCAUUUUUACACGAGAUAACAUGUCAGAAAUUAACAAUACGUAGUCAUUAUAGAUCAGCUAAUGUUCAACGAUUCUGGCAGACUAUUACAAGUGUAUCUCAAACAGAUAAACUGUUAGCUCAUCUUCAAUCAUUUAGUACUAAUACUAAUUAUUAUAAAAUACCUGAGUCAAUACGAAAUGGUAUACCGUUAUUUAUGGUGUCUCAAUUCAACGAAACGUCCAGUACAGCAACGUUAAAUACUCAACUUAAUUUGAAAGACAGUGCAUUGACCAAUUUUGCUUCGUUUUGGAGGCCAAUAGUCAUGUUGGAUACUAAUAUUUGGCAAAAAUGGAUGCACUGUCAUCGAAUUGGUCUGGUUUUAGAACAUGAUAUGCCAUUACCUAAAUAUCUUCAUAUACCUAACUCUAGUGGCAGGUUUCAUCCUAUUGGGUGUAUGCAAGCUUUAACUUCUUUAAACUCAGCUUUACGAGAAUGGUGUACCUUCGUUUUAAAAGAAAAUAUGUCAUAUAUUAAGUUUCAAGAUGACAAAUCACCGCCGUCCUAUUUCUGUGUUUUACGUGUCAUCAGAAUAUCGCUGAAAGGACCUUGUAUGGUUUUACGCUUGGCGUUUCUCGGAGGGACACCAAGCUCUGUCAGGAAACAGGUAGUAGAUGCCCUUCUAGUCAAACUUCAGGGGUUAAAAUUCCCACACCGAGGGACCCAGAAAGCAGAGAAGAAGAGCCCUUCCAAAGAUUCAGACGUACAGAAGAAAGUUCGGAGAAAGUCUCCCUUGAUGAGAGAUUGGGCUGAAAUAAAUUGUUGUACUCUGUUGAUUAAACCAGUGGAGAAAAUACUCGUUCGAUAUAAUCGUGUACCAAGAGAUAUGAUGAUAGUAGAUGAUCCAGCUAAAGAUGAGGCUAGCGUGUCUAUCACACCCCAGAUGUCUGUGUCUACGCUAUCAGCUGGCAGUAUGUUUCGUAUGUUGUCACAUUAUCUCUGUCAUCAACGAUGGAUCUGGACGAUUCAACAAUCUUCUAAGGUUCAAGUUGGAAUGGCCUUUAUUGGCAAAGUUUUACAGACUUUAACAAAAUUACGUCUACAAGAAGGUUUUCAUUUCGCGGCUGCUGAAUCUGGUGUGGUUAAUUUAGUUUUGGAGGUCGACAUGAUGGAUGGUGAUACCAAUGAUAACAAUGAAGAUGAUAAUUGUUGUAAAUGUGUUGUACAAUAUGUAAUAUUUCCACCUCACACUAAAACAACCAGAGAAAGCAUAUCCGAAGAUGAUGAAGAAGAAAUGGAAACUAUGGAGGCUGACGGAGAAAUACAGAUUGUUACUGAAUGUUGGACGGAGCCUCAAUAUGGUGUUUGUAAAAAUAAUACUCCAGAACGUAAACAUCUUGACGGACUGAAAUCAGAUCAGAUUGCUCAUGCUGUAAGUUUUGUUCAUUCUUUCUUAAACUUUUACAUACUAUAUACAACAUAUUACAUACCUAUCAAAAUACACAUACUACAUAUUACAUACCUAUCACAAUACACAUACAACAUAUUACAUUCCUAUCAAAAUACACAUACAACAUAUUACAUACCUAUCAAAAUACACAUACAACAUAUUACAUACCUAUCAAAAUACACAUACAACAUAUUACAUACCUAUCAAAAUACACAUACAACAUAUUACAUACCUAUCAAAAUACACAUACAACAUAUAACAUACCUAUCAAAAUACACAUACUACAUAUUACAUACCUAUCAAAAUACACAUACAACAUAUUACAUACCUAUCAAAAUACACAUACUACAUAUUACAUACCUAUCAAAAAACACAUAA